AUGCUCUAUUCAGUGGAUCUCUCAGGCAACCACGUUUCAGCUGCAAACAUGAGCUCACUUUCAGAUCCUUCAAUGGCAUUGAGUUACUUGAACUUGUCAGGCUGUGGCAUAAGAGAGUUUCCGGGGUUUAUAAGAAACCGACAACAUGUGAGCCGAUUAGACCUUUCAAACAACAUAAUCAAAGAUCAAGUGCCAGGUUGGUUAUGGAGUCUACCAGAGUUGGAGAUGGUGGAUCUUUCCAACAACAGUUUCACCGGUUUCGGUAGCUUCACAAGAGAUUUCUCAGGAGCUCAGAUAGAUAUUCUUGAUCUGAGCAAUAACAACUUCUCCGGAGAAAUCCCCAUAUCAAUAUGUGGUAUGAUCUUAUUAGAAGUCUUAGACUUAUCAAACAACAACUUCAAAGGAUCAGUUCCACAGUGCUUCAACAUCAUCAUCAAGAAGUCUCUUUCAGUUUUAAACCUUGGUAAUAAUCACCUCAGUGGAAAACUACCAGAGAUAUUUAUCAAAUGCAGCAAUCUAAGGUCACUUAACGUUGGUCACAACCAAUUAGUGGGAAAACUUCCAAGAUCUCUGUCUGAUUGCUCACCUUUGGAGGUUCUAAACCUGGAACACAAUGGAAUCAAGGACGCUUUUCCGUUCUGGUUGGAAUCUUUGCGAAAGUUACAAGUACUAGUCCUCCUCUCUAAUGAGUUUCAUGGGUCAUUACAAUAUCAUCCAAAGGUUGCUUCUUGGUUUCCUCAGCUACGAAUCAUCGACAUAUCACACAAUGCCUUCACCGGAACCUUACCAUCUAAUUUCUUCAUGUAUUGGAGCGCAAUGUCCUCGACCAAAGACCGUUCUGAGUUGAAGUACAUUGGAGAUAACACCUAUUACCAAGACUCAUUUGUUCUAAUGAACAAAGGAGUAGAAAUGAACUACACAAGAAUCCUCACACUCUUAACCGCCAUUGAUUUUUCUGGAAAUAGACUCAAAGGCAAGAUCCCUGAAUCCAUUGGUCUACUAAAGAAUCUUAUCGUUCUCAAUCUAUCAAACAACGGUUUCAAUGGCACCAUACCUUCAUCUAUGGCGAAUCUGACCGAGCUCGAGUCACUAGACUUAUGCAUAACAAGCUUUCAGGGCAAAUCCCACCUACUCUCGGAGCCCUCACGAGUCUCUCGAACAUGA